CAAGUCUACACAAACAAAACCUCUAGCUCCCGAGUAAAAUAGCAAACUCAGCGCAUCCAAAACCAGUUCUACACGUUUUCCCGCCCGAAAGAAGAUUUGAAAUUUUCAUUUCGUCGACUUGUAAACCUGGAAAUGGAAUGUCUCGCACGUGCUAACCUAUUGGAUUCGAAGCACCCACCAUUUUCGUUUUGCAUAUAAGACCGCCUUUAAUCAUCAAUUCGAAAUUAAGGUUUACAUUUUCCUUGUGCUUUCAAGGAUAAUCGGCGGACCAUCCAGGUAAAGCUGCAAUUCCUUGUUUUUCGUCUUUACUGGGACUUUAUCGGGACUAAUGUGAUUUGCGACUUUGUUUUUCUUCUUCCUGAUCUUAUCUGGGUUUCUUCAGAUUUUUCUGUUUUUGAAAUCAGAGACUCGCCUGUCUCCUAUUUGGGUAUCGGUCGAAACUCGUUUUCGGGCGAAUUUGUUAUCUGAGGUCCGCUUGAAACAAGAUUCUGGCUUAGGGGUCACCGGGGAUUCUCAGUGUCAAUGACGAACCUAAAGCUGGAAGAGAACCCUCUUUUCAUUGAAAGUUUAAAAAAAUGAGAGAAGUUUCUCGGUUUAUUGAAGAAAACGACAUUAUUUAGUAGUCCAGGAAUCUUCAAUUUCUUCUGUAGUUUUAUUUUCCCAGAACAUGGUAGCUUUUUCAUUUAACUUAAUAUGUUCAGUUUGUUGUAUUCUUUAUCAUCAGUUGAAAGUAUAACAAUGCCCGAGUCUAGAGACAGAUUGUCGAGGCCCGAUGAAAUCGUCCAAGUCUUCGCUACGAGGCGCUCUGGGGCACUGGGUAUUUUUGUAGACGAGCAAGAAACGAGUAUAAACUUGUUCGAAUCCCCAGUUGGAUCAAUGGCAGCGCGAAGAUCGAUGAUCCUGGGUGGUGGUUCAGGGCGAGGUGGGGGGCUUAUAAGGACCAGUUUCGGGACUCCGCGAACCGGAAAUGGGCGCGGUCGCAAUCUUCCUGGAACUCCGGGAGGAAGGGAGAACACGCCUGCGGGAGGUGCUCGACGCGGAAGGGGACUUAAUUUGUUACCAGCUUGGUACCCAAGAGCUCCUCUUCAUGACAUCACUGCUAUUGCUAUUGAAAGGAGAAGAGCUAGCUUGAGCGAGGUGGGGGGCCAGCACGUGGGGACUCCAGUAACUCAUCAAAGGAGGUUUCUUGAUUCUCCAAUUAGGUUUCUUGAUUCUCCCACAGUGCCAUCAGCUAUUCAACUUAAGCAGCAAAGGUCUAUCCUCUCUCCAAACCCGUCGGGUGCUAUUGGUAGAUGCUCUCCAUCUUUCGGCAAAGUGACUAAGAUUCUUCUUGAUGUCACCAAUCAGAAUGCAGAGGAAUCAGAAGCUCUCACACCUCAAAAGAAGCUUCUGAAGUCAAUUGACACAGUCGAGAAGCUUGUCACGGAGGAAUUGCAGAAGUUGAAAAGGACUCCGACAGCCAAGAAAGCAGAGAGGGAGAAGAAGUUACGCACAUUAAUGUCAAUGCGCUGAUUCACUUGUGUGACCUAGCAAUCUGGAAAUGUAGAGCCAAAGAGAUUUCGGAAGGCUGUACAUAGGUAACAUCAUUUUCUUAUAUGACAGAAUGUUGGACUUUUGAUCAUCUUCCAAUGAUGACAUGGUGGAGGUUUAUCAUCCACUGAUGAUGGCGUGGUGGAGGUCUAUCAACUUCUGAUGAUGAUGGUAUCCAUUCAACUCUUUUCAUUAUUUUUUCAUCGAUUAUCAUCUUCUGAUGAUACCCUGGUUUUUGGCUUAUCAUCUUCUAUGAUGAUAUCACAGUGAUACUGAUCAUCCUCUGAUACUACCCUCUGCUUGAAAAACAAAUUGAUUACCGUAUAGCUAAAAAAUUCUUUUAUUUUGAAUGCAUUUGGGGUCUUAUUGAAGAACCUAAAGAGGAUGAUUUUGGAAGAACAUGGUGGAAUUUAGAGUUUGUUCUUGGGAAGGUCCUUGUAGAAGAAAUAAAGGAUAUUCUCUUUGUAGA